AUGCAGCUGCGCUGGAGCGGCCACCUGGUGCGCAUGAACGAAGAGCGACUACCCAAACGACUCUUCGACGGAGACGUCGCGACGGGUUCUCGUCGUCAAGGAGGCCAAAUUCGCCGUUACAAGGAUACUCUGAAGUCCUCCCUGAAGUGCCUGCAAAUCAACCCGACCAACUGGGAAGAGCUCGCUCGCGAUCGUCCGACAUGGAGGAGAACAGUGAAGACGGGCGCUGCUAUCUAUGAAGCCAACCGAAUCGCUGCCGGCAAAGCGAAACGCGAAGCCCGCAAAUCACAACUUCGCCCAGUCCGCAACGCCGCCGCAUAA